ACAAAUGUACUCGGUAGUAGUACAAUUUUUUUGUACAAUAAAUUUUUUGAAUUGUUAAACGCCAAUCCCCUUCUUUCUGGGUUUCUGUCCCAAAAGAAACAGUUUCUGGAGACUGGAAAUUGAAAUGGAGGACGCGGAGGAAAUACUGAGGGUGUUGGAAUCCUCUUUGUCCCAGAUCAAAUGGCGCCUCAAGCUUUCUUCUAAGCGUCGCCUAGAAACUGACAUUUUGGCAUUGUGCUCUGAGAUGCGACCCGUUGUGAUGGUGGAUUAUGGUGGAAGGAUGCCAGAACUUCAACACAGGCUUUGUGCUUCCCUUAAACAUUGCAGAAAUGAAUCUUCUGCAUUUGAGAACCUGCGAGUUAUGAUUAUUGAAGACAUGAUUUAUCUGGUUCACCUUAAAGCAUUUCAUGAAUUCAGUAAAUUGAGCUUGAACCUAGAAAUGGAAUUUCUCUUUAUAGAUCUUGAGCAUGAUCCUCCAAAGAUGAUAACAAGAGCCACUGAUGAGAGACCUGGAAUUAUGGCACUUGUGAUGGCACAGAGAAUAUUUUCAUCCCUCCUUUCUGAAGGGGUAAUAAGUUGUAAUCAUCCAGAACAUUCUAGUUCAGAUUUGAUGGCUAAUAAUAGGCCACAUAGCUCACAGACAUCUGAGCUUAUUGAUCUCAGUAGGGACAUUGAAGAAACUGGGGUCACUGUGCCAACACUUAAUGGAUGGCUUCUUGGAUAUCCUGUAGUAUAUCUAUUUGGCAAGGAUCAUAUUAAAGAUGCCAUAUAUAAUCUCUCCACCAAGUCCCUUCAUCUCUUCCAAAUUUUAGCCUGCAGAAAGGGUGCAGGCAAUGAUCGAUCUCAAUCUAAAAAAGAAGAAUUAUUGAGUUUCUCUGUUCCUUAUGAACUAAGCUUGGCUGGGAGUGACGAACCAUGGGCAAAAGGGUUCUUAGCUCACAUGCAAGAAAGGCAAACCAAGCACAACAAUGUCUGGGAAUCCCUUAGGUUGGAGGUUGUUGCUUGCUAUCCACAGGCAAUUGCAUUUUAGUACAGGCAUAAACUUUGUACUUUGUAGUAGUAAAAAUGCGGGUGAAAUGCAUACAUGUAUUCGAGCGAUAAUUUAAGGAGCGUGUUUCGAAGGUGGUUUCAUCUUGUUUGGUGGUUGGGCAAGAUGCAGUCACCUUGCAAAACUUAUACUCCCUCCGUUUCAAAAUAAACCUCACAGUUUGACUUUUGCGGUCUCCUAGGCGGACGUUUGACCGUAAUUUCCUAUUAAUGUAUGCAUAUAAAAUCUAUAAUAAAUUGACAUUUGAAAAAUACAUAUUACAAUGAAGCACAUUAUAUAAUUUUUUUGGGAUAAAAUAUUAUUAAUUUUGAGUAAUAAGCGGUCAAAGUUUAACAAGUUUGACCCAAAAAGUUUGACUGUGAGGUUUAUUUUGAAACGGAGGGAGUAUUUCUCUUGUUCCAUAAUUCUCUUCCUAUAUUUCUCUAUAGAAGUCAAACUUUUUCAAAACAUAUAUUUCUCUUGUUCCAUAUUUCUCUUCCUAUUGCCUCGUUUCUUUUUAAAAACUUCUGUGUCAUUGAUAUCAUAUGUUUCCUUUUAAA